AUGGAUAUAAAUUCUUUUUCUCAUUGGUUGCAAAUUCAAGAGUUGGAUGUUGACGAUAAUGUUGUACAAGAGUUAAUUGUCGAUCAAUGGAAUGUUACAGAUCAAUCAGGUGAUGAUCUUACAUCACUUCAUUACAGAUUGUUGAUCAAUUCAACAUUGUAUCCAACACUAUCAUCAAUUGUCAAUGUCACAUCAUUGAUUGAAUAUUCAACCAAGGACAGACAAUUACCAUUUGGAGAUAGUAUUGUAUCAGUUGGAGCAAAUAGUAUUAAAGUUGGUGUAAAUGUCACUGGAUGGCAAUAUCAAUCGAUCCUAUCACAUCUCAGAGUUGUAUUCUCAACGAUUGUCAAUAAUGAACAAUCAACCAUUCAAUCAUGUUCCUCUAGUGAUAUUCCAACAUUUGAACAGAUACUAGGAAGUGAUAGUUAUUUAAGAGUUAUCAAGAAUGAUACACAAUUCUAUGGUAGAUUCCUCUCGUAUUCCUAUUCAGAUGGAAGAAAGACAUUCUCGAGAAAUGAAUUAAUCAAUCAAACCAAAAUCGUUGGAAACAACAACAAUGAAUCAUUGGCAUUGAUUGGAGUUCAUGUACCUCAAUGUACUUUUUGUCUGCUCGAUCCAGAUUUCAGUGCAUUGGUCGUCAACAAUGAAAAGGUCGAUUGUUCAUCAUCAUCAUCAUCCAAUACAUGGAAGAUUAUAGUUGGAUGUGUUGUUGGUGGAGCUGUAUUUAUAGCAUUGGUCAUUGCACUUGUAUUCUAUCUUCGUGAUAGUAACUCUACAAGACUAAAGAUAAAAGCUGCCAAGAUAAAGAUGAUUAUAUCAAGAUCAUUCAAUUCAAUGAUGAUGGUUAUGACAUUGUCAGCUGUGUUGAUGUUGUUUGUUAUCAAUAUUGAUACUGUCAACUCAACAGCUAAGGAUCACAAGUAUGAGCAUGGUGAUGAUAUUCCAUUCUAUGUGAAUAAUGUCGGACCAUACUCUAACCCAACAGAAACAUACGAAUACUAUUCUCUACCCUUUUGCAAACCAGAACACAUCAAGCAUAAGAAAUCAAAGUUGGGAGAGAUCCUUCAAGGUGAUUCUGCUGUAUUAUCUGAUUAUAAAUUACCUUUUAAAACAAACUUUCAAUCAAAGGUAUUAUGUGAAAUGACAUUAACAAAAGAAAACAUUGAUACAUUUAAAAAGGCGAUAAGAGAAUACUACUAUGCAGAAAUGAUUUAUGAUGACCUACCUAUAUUUGGUCAUAUUGGUACAUUCCAGGAUGACCCAACCUCUCCAGCAACUAGAUAUGUACUAUUUACUCAUUUACCAUUUAAAAUUGAAUUUAAUAAUAAUCAAAUUAUUAGAAUUGAAUUGGAUACUAAUAAUAUUGAAGGAGUUGAAUUGGCAGAUCAAGAAGAAUUAAAGAUUCAAAUUACUUAUGCUGCAUCAUGGACACCAAGCGAAUAUCCAUUCUCAAAGCGUAUGGAAUUGUAUGAAGACUUUUUCCCAAAGGAAUUACAAAUUCAUUGGUUAUCAAUCAUGAACUCUUUCUUUUUGGUCAUUCUCUUGACUGGUUUCCUUUCCAUUAUCAUCAUGAAGAUUUUAAAGAAUGAUUAUUCAAGAUACUCAAAGACUGAUGAUGAAGAAGAAGGUGAUUAUCAAGAAGAUUAUGGAUGGAAAUUGAUUCAUGGCGAAGUAUUUAGAUUCCCACCUCACAAGAAUCUAUUUUCAGCAUUCUAUGGUAUUGGAUGGCAAUUUAUUAUCAUUACAAGUGCUAUUUUAUUGUUAUCAUUAUUUGGUCUUUUCUAUCCAAACAAUGGUGGUAAUAUGUAUACUGCUGGUAUUAUAUUUUAUGCUUUAACUUCUGUUGUAUCUGGUUAUCAAUCAUCAAAAAUGUAUAAAAAUAUGGGAGGAACUAAAUGGGCAUGGAAUAUUGUUCUUUCAGCAACAUUGUUUAUGGGACCAUUUAUCCUUGUAGCAUUCUUGUCCAAUACGAUUGCUGUGACAUGGCAUUCUACACACGCCAUUCCAAUCUUGACCAUCAUUGAAAUAUUAACGAUUUGGAUAUUUGUUGGAUUCCCAUUGACUGUUGUUGGUGGCAUUGCAGGACGUAGAUUUGCUCCACCACUCGAGGUGCCAUGCAGAACCAAAAACUUCCCACGUGAAAUCCCACCCAUUCCAUGGUAUCGUAGACUACCAUGCCAAAUGAUGAUGGCUGGCUUCCUUCCCUUUUCCGCCAUCUACAUUGAACUCUUUUACAUCUUUAAUAGUGUCUGGGGACACAACUCUUACACACUCUAUGGUAUUCUAUGUGUAGUCUUUAUCAUUCUCCUCAUCGUAACUGCCUGUAUUACAGUAGCCUUUACUUAUUUCCAAUUAUCAAUGGAAGAUCAUCGUUGGUGGUGGACUUCAUUUAUUAAUGGAGGAUCUCAUAUGUAUGGAUUAUUGCAAACAACCUUUUAUUUUACCUAUAUGUUUAUUGUUUGUUUAUUCUUUUUCAUCCUCCUUGGAACUGUUGGAUUUGUUAGUUCAUUUAUUUUCGUAAAGAGAAUUUAUAAGAAUCUAAAAUCUGAUUAA